CCAAUCCCUCAAAAUCUUCAAGAGAACUUCUUGAAAACACAGAAACAAAAGGCCCCAAAUGGCUUCCAAAGCUACAGCCUCUCUUGCUAUCAUUCUUUCUCUCAAUCUUCUAUUCUUCACAUUUGUCUCAGCAUGUGACAAUUGCUAUGUUCCUGCCCCACCCAAGCCCAAGCCCAAGCCAUGCCCUCCUACCAAACCAAACCCUCCAUCUAACCAUGGAAAGUGUCCCAAGGACGCCCUUAAAAUCGGCGUCUGCGCAAAGCUUCUCGGUGGCCUUGUCGACCUUACCAUCGGCAAACCCCCAGUGACCCCAUGCUGCACCUUGGUCGAAGGACUUGCUGAUCUGGAGGCUGCUGCUUGUCUUUGCACUGCCAUUAAGGCUAGCGUUCUGGGGAACAAGAUUAAAAUCCCACUCCACCUCAGCUUGCUCCUUAAUGUCUGCAAGAAGAAUCUUCCCAAUGGAUUCCAAUGCUGAUGUUAUGUAUAAUUAGCUUUUUCCUAAUCUUUAAUUCUUGAAAUGUUCUGAUGUCGUGUAUGGUUGUAUGUUUUUUUUUAAAACUACAAAUUAUUCAUAGUUGUUCAAACGUGUUCAAUAAAAGUUUUGCCUAUUGCUUAA